AUGCAUUUCAACCUUUUCAUCACCGCCGCUCUUUUUGCAACGGAAGCGAUUUCCCAGUACUCCAGCAUUGGGGAUUCGUGCAUCUGGCCUGAAACUAUACCUUCUUGCGAGUUCGCCAGCUCUGAAGGGGCCAAGACAGGUGAUUUAGUAAAUGGCUGGCAGUUCAAAGCAUGGACUAUUGCAGGGGGAUAUGAGAACAAUUGUUCAACUCUGACCAACUUUGACGACUGCUGUGAGGAAUAUGCUACUAGCUACUCAUCGAGGUUCAAGAGGCUCUGGUGCAAGAAAUUAGUUCUUUUCCUUUUAGCUGGAGUUCCUAGAAAUGGGGGAUGCAUCCCCGAUGAUGAAGCCGUGGAAAAGCUGUCGAAAACCAUCGGGGAAAAAUUUAAUAGGGAUAUCUGCGGUCAAGGAAUCCGACCCGGUGGCCAGGCGGAUGUGGAAUUUGUCAACCGCGAGAUUCUCCCUCUUUUCCUCACCAAGAAAUGGCUUACGAAAGAUCCGCCCAAAGGAUGGGAAAAAGAGAAGCAUAAAAUCAUCGCGAAAUGCCAUAAAAAUACAUACAAUUACUGCAACGCAGAUCAUCGGAAAAAGGCGGGAGAUUGCGUUAAGGGGAUGGCUGGAAGCUUGAUGUUGAAAUAUGGUGCGACAGCAAUGGCAUACUGUCCUAUUUUGGAUAAGAAGAUCAAAAAUUUUGAAAAGGAUGUCGAGCCACAGGUGAUGGGAUUAUUCACGAAAUAUUGCAAAACGAAAGGAAAAAAGUGUUGA